UUAUUAUCGCGCCAUUGUCUCUUCCUCUUCUUCUUCCUCCUUAGACCAGCCGAGCAUCAACGCCGAAGCGAAAAGCAGAAUCAUGAGGGGAACGAGAUCCUCACAGGAAAAGAGAGACCAAUCUUAAGCUGCUCUAGAGAGAGAGAGAGGGGGGAGGGGCGAGAGAGAGAGAGAGAAGCUCGAGGAGUCGGUUAAUCAAUGGCGACGGGGUGGGUCAAGUCGUUGCAGUGCAAAUCGAGAGCGUUCGAGGACGUUUAUCACCACCCGAACCCGAAGAGCCUCCUCUCGACGUCGGGGAGCUGCCGGAAGAGCGCGCAGACCGUGAGAGACGUCGUCGAGAUGGCCAGAGGGAAGCCUAAAUCGAGAGCGCAGCAGCCGCCACCCGCCAGGCCAAAGCAUUCCAAACCCUCCAAGAGGGACUCGGAUCCGAAUGAACCCAACAUCCGGAAAGUCGCUCCGGCCGCGACGGUCUCUCCGCGCUCUUCCAGGUCGUUGUGCCCGCCCCUGACGGAGCUGCCGGAGGGCCACCCGUCGCGCAACGUGGUGGAGAUCAUCUUCCACACGAGCUGGAGCGAGAAGUCGGCGUUUCCCGGCCGGGUCGAGAAGAUCUUCAAGGUCCAGAGCGGGCCCAAGACGACGGCCCGGUUCGAGGAGUACCGGGAGGCGGUCAAGUCCCGUGCCGGGUCCGGGUCCGGGUUCGGGCAGGGUGCGGUCGGCGGGUGCUCGGAGGACAAUGUGGCCCGGUGCGUCGCGGAUGGCAACGAGGUCAUGCGGUUCCGCUGCAUGGGGCCCGCGUCGGCGGGCGGCGGCAUCUCCUCGGCCGACUUCUCGGCGUUCUCCGGCGGCAAGGGGGCGGCGGUCUGCACGUUCUUCGCGGGCAGCGGGUCGGCACACGAGAGGGCGGGCGGAGGGAAGGGGAGGAGGGCAAUGCUGGUCUGCCGGGUCAUUGCCGGCCGGGUUGUGAAGCAGGCCGGGCCCGACCCGUUUUUGGAGGCUCGGGCCGGGUAUGACUCGGUGAUUGGGGAGAAGGGCGAGUUGAUAGUAUUCGAUCCUCGCGCGGUAUUGCCUUGCUUCCUCAUUAUCUAUAGAUUGUAAAGUGUUGAUCAUAAAGAUUGAUUGAAGAAAGAGGACAAAGAUGGAUGGAGCUGAGAGCUGAGAUGAAUGUACAUUAUCUUGCUGUAGUUGUUUAAGUUUUUGGCCAUCAUCAAGCGCCAUCCUCGGUCUGCCGUUUAAGAUCGCAGUUUGGGCAUUGUACUAUAAUCUGUAUCUAUAUCCUGCAUGAUAAUCUUGUUUAGUCAUGUAAUACAAUAUGACUUUGAGGA